CGUGACCGGAGAUCAGUUACCGCGAUUCCGCCGAAGUAAAUGCCUUCUCGCGACGGGUAACGUUUUCAUCUACUGAGUACACGUGCAGUGGUUACGCGAUAUUUAUUUCGGAAAUAACGAGCAAAAAACAAUCCUAACCAAUGUAAUUGCCCCCGGAGUAAGUUUUUUGACGGCAUAUUAACUACAAUGCAAGAUUAAUCAGUCACAUAGACAUUUGACCGAAAUACAUUAUCGUUUUACAUUUAAUUGCAACGACAAUUAGGGCAGCUGUUGGCGUUUCAUAAUUGGUGAACCAGAAUUUCGGCUGAUUUUUUAACGUAAGCGCGGGUGUAUGUAAAACAAUAGAAAACAUUGAAAAUCAAACUGAUUUUCACCAGUACAAACUUUGCAGAAAUUUAUGGGUCUCGUGUGGGACAUACUAAGCACAUCCUUUUCACUAGCCCUGGACACAGAUAUGAUACAUCAAAUAUUGAAAGUAGUCGUUUUCUUGUUGCUUGUUUACCAAAACGACAGUUAUGUCACCCAUAGAAGAGUUAAGAAUCAAAAGCAAGGAAUUAGAAGUUACCCUGACGAGAUAAGUAAAGAUAUAAACGUGUGUGUUUUAGAACAAAAGAGAACUCUUAAUCUGUUUUGUUAUUGUGAUGAGCCUGCUCCUCAAACGGCCACGUCUGCCGACUGUUGGACAUUCAAUGACGGUGAACCACGGGAAUCAUCUAUUUGGAGAGAAUUCAAAUCUCAGUCAAACUUAACAAAACUCACGUUCAAUGUCCGCAGUACCUCUAUUCAAACUUUGCCAUUUGUACCCACAGAAGCCUUAGCCCAAUUACCAGAAUUGAGAACUCUGGAAAUCGUCUACGCUCAUAUCAAAACAGUACACUCUCAUGCGUUCGCUAAUUUGUCUCGUUUACAAGACUUAGCUCUUGGGCGAAAUCAAAUUGAACAUCUUUCCAGAGAAUCGAUAGCUUAUUUAGAAGAUCUGCGUGUGGUUACGCUUGGUGACAAUUUCAUUGAUGGAAUAAGUAAUGAUGUGUUUGCAGGUCUACCGAUGCUAAGAAAGUUGUUUAUGGAGAAGAACAACAUUAGUUACAUAGCUGAGGGUGCAUUCGAGUCAUUGCGAAAAUUAGAAGAGUUAGAUUUGUCUGAAAAUCAUUUGACUGGCCCUUUAUCUAGAUAUGUAUUUUUGGGAUUGGUAUCGUUAAAAAGGCUGGACAUGCGAACUAACCGCAUAGAACGAAUAGGACCUGAGGCUUUUGCAGAGUUGGUCAACUUGGAAGAGCUUGUAUUGGAAGAUAAUUCUAUAAGGUCUAUUGAUGGCAGUGGAUAUCUUGGGUUGCCAAACUUACAAAGAUUGUCUUUAUCUUCUAACCGUCUGAGAAUGCUUGACGACCGUACAUUUGUUCACUUAGAAAAACUCAGAUUCCUCGACAUUAGAUACAACAACUUACAAUCUCUCACUUAUGCUACACUUGAACCACUCGUGAAUAAAAUGCGGAACUUGUCAGUAGUCAUCCACAUGCAAGGAAAUGUGUUGGAGUGCGAUUGCAGUCUGUUGUGGAUGAAACGUGUGGCUGCAGACACGAACAACGAGCAACUGAACCGUGAGCUGACAGACACCAAGUGUUGGAUAAACGACACUGAUGGGCCCACUUCCAGUGUAGGGCGAAAAGCGAAAAGCGACGGUGGAUUGACCGACAGCCUGGAUAACUAUCGCGAAGAAAACAAUAAACUGGAUGAUGGCUAUGACGAUCACAAAGACACCUUCAACGUGCACACUGGUAAAGACCACUACGAUCGAUCGAGAUUGGAAGAGACACCGGUGGUAAGCGUAAUUGACAUGGACGAAAAUACGUGUCCAGGAAAGGAACAGGCCGUGGUGGACGGUACGCCGGAUGCUGCUCAAAACUCGGACCGAGUAUUAUGGGAAAGCAAAUCCACAGCCUCCACUAUUUCAUCCAUAUCGUUUGUUUUAUUAUUGUUCACAUUACAUUUUCAUUACAUGAACCGCAGCAGUUCAUUUGUAAAAAAGUAAAAACAACAGUCUAACACAUAUUCAAUUAAACACAUUCACAUUCGUACAGACUCCUUGGUAUUCGACUUAGGCGUAAUUAAGUUGUAAAACAAGCGCUUAAAUUAUUUUUAUGUAUAAAAUUGACUCGUUGUAUUUGUAAUAGAAUAAUUAUAUCUAUAGUUCGGGAAUUAUUGUUUAUGUAAUUAAAAUUUUAAUAUGAACUAUCACAACGAGUCGAAAUCGUUGAGGGUUUCUUUAACGACCAUUUGAAAAUCCGAGGAAAUAAAAAAAAGACUUGUAUUCCGACCGUAAUAAGAAGGUCUAAAUUUGUUGACGUUUAUACCUAAGUGUCUACGCUAAGUAUAGAUUGUACCUAUAAUUAAGCAAAAUAAUAUCUAUAAGAUUGUCUCAAUCAUAAAACUACUAUGGUUAUUGCGACAUAGUUUCUAAGUUUCUCUUUAAAAUUUUUACCUAAUUUUAUCUCUUUGUAUAAAUGUUGUUAUUAUCAUAAAUAUUUCAUUUGAACAAAAAUAAAUUUUAAAAGAUUUCUUGUAACGUUUGCCCGCAUUACUUUUUUAUUCAAAUAAUACCUGUGAGAUAUGAAUUUGAAUAUUUUAAUUAAAAAAAAUAAUUUAUUCUGAUUAAAAUACAAUUUUCACUUGUAAUUGGGUUUCUUCGGUUGUUCAAAAUAUAUUUUAUUAAGCUGUCACACGAACAAAGAGUCUUUUUUUUUCUUUACAUAUUUGUGAAUGUAAAUAAUUUAUAGGAUGUUCAAUAAGUAAGAGUUCAAGUCAAUCGUUAUGGACAAACCCUUUUCCAUACUUAUUAAACAAUCUGUUUAUAUGCCAGUGGUAAAAAAUUCGUUGGACAAUUCAUUAAAAAUAUUAGUGAUCAUUUUUAUUAAAAAGCUGUAUUAAUUUGUUGUCACAGUGUGCAUCUACACUAAUGUAAAUCAUCUAUAGUCAAUGUAUAUAAACUAGCGUUGAACGUAAUAUAGCCAAAAAAAUAAAAAUAACUAAUGAAGUUUGACGCACUUACUUGCUACUACUAUUUUCAUGUGAAACGUUCACAAUUUUUACGUUAAUUUAAAAGUGAUAUAAUUCUAUAAUUUGUAUUAAUUAUACAAUAUAACUCUUCUAAAUAAUUAGAAAAAUAUUUUUAUUUCUUUUAAGUUUACAAAUUUAAUUAUUAUUCUAAUUAACUUUGUGUAUUUUUUGUCUUUCAUAUCUAUAAAAAUAUUUAUUUUUAGAACUAUUGUAAAAAUUGAUAACAUACUAUGUUUGUUUGCUAUUUUCUGUGAAAUAUUUAUAAGAAAUUUAAUGUAUUGUGCUAUAAACUCAAAAAGCUAUCAAAAUAUUUGAUUAUAUUAAAGAAUGUUUAAAUCAGUGGUAAAAGCCACCAAAACGUGUGUUGUAAAUAAAUAUAUUUAUAUAAUAUAUAAACAACAGGAUUUACUAAUAUGCAUACCUUUUGAAUUUUUACUGUAAUCUGUAUUUUUUUUGUUUUUUUUUUUUUUUGUAUUCAUGCAAUUUAAUAUAUGUGUACAUUAAUUAUGUUAGAAUUGUUGUUAUUUUUAAUAUUCAAGCAAGUCUUUUGACGGUUACGCACUGGUCUAGGGUACAACCGAAAAAUAGGUGUUUGUAGUAUUAAGACGGUGCGUGCGUGGAAAUAUUUGUGAAAUGGUAAUUUUCUAUGGGUUUUACUUCCGAAACAAUUUAUUAUUUCCUGGAGGCGUAGUGUCAUUAUUUGACAUGAUUGCUUAGAAGUGAAAAAAGUAACUCUUUUUAGACUAUCCAAAGACGAUAUAACUGUCGAAACGAGUCACAUAUUGAUAAACAGAACAAUGCAUACCAGCACGAGUCAUCGAUGACUAUGUAGACUCUGUCAAUCGCUUUCGAAAACAUUCCAAAUACAAAUUUGGUAGCUUCCAACGGUAUUUUUUCAUAACACAAACAUUAACAACAAUGUUAGUGACAAAAGACAUGUAUUAAUGUUGUUGGAUAUAAUAGUUUAUUUUUAUAUAUGUAAAACAAUUACUGUUUAGAGUUUGCAAUAUGUUUCCUAAGAUUAUUAAAGAUUAAUAAUGAAAACGGAGGCAAGUAAGGUUCAAAAUUAUAUAAUACACAUAUCUAGAAUAAAAUAAUUUAAAUAUAAAAUUCGUUGAAAUUUUAAUUAUGUAUUUAUUAUUUAGAUACUUGUAGAAUUAUUGAACUCCUUCACAAGAUUUCCAUGUAAUUUAUAUGCAAACUUUUAAACGCAAUUCGCCCUCC